GUUGCUGGUGGUGGUUCUCCUGGUUCUGACCUUUGCUAUGGUUUUUUGACUACAUCCUUGUCAUCCAGUUGCCCUCUGAAUUCUUAUGCCUGCUGGGCAUAACCUCCAGUACUCUGCUCUAAAAGAGCAGUUAACACUUGUAAUGAUGUCCCGGAAAAAGAUAUUGUUCGCGUUCCUGGCAGUCAGCUGUGUAAGCUUUCUUCUGCACCAGGGAGGACAUCUCACUUGGAAUGGCAAGUCCUUCCAUGUGGGAUGCUCCUUGUUUGGUCAUCGAAGUCACCAUUUGUCCAAGACGAAACACGCAAAUAUUGUUUUCCUCAAGACGCACAAGACAGCAAGUACAACUGUCCAGAACAUACUGUUUCGCUUUGCUGAGCGUCACAACUUAACGGUGGCCCUUCCAAUCCAGGCGUGUGAUCACCAAUUCUGCUAUCCACGAGCAUUCUCAUCGCACUUUGUUCACCCUCAUACUCUGCCUGCACAAGUGGUCACCAGCCACAUGCGUUUCAACCGUUCGGAGUUGCAGAAAUUCAUGCCUAACGAUACCUUGUAUAUUACCAUCCUGCGUGAGCCUACUGCCAUGUUUGAAUCUCUAUUCAGUUACUACAACCAGUAUUGUCUGAGCUUCAAGAGAGUUCCCAACGGAUCCCUUGAGACCUUCUUGUCAGAUACUCAUCGCUAUUACAGAUCUGAUGAGAAGUACUCCAUGUAUGCCCACAAUACUCUGCUUUUUGAUUUGGGUGGAAACAAGGAUCAUAAUCCUUUAGAUGGACCGUAUAUCAGUGCCUUCAUUAAAGAAAUGGAGGAAGUGUUUUCUCUAGUCAUGAUUGCAGAAUAUUUUGAUGAGUCACUUAUACUUUUGCGACACUUGCUCUCCUGGGACCUAGAAGACAUGCUGUAUGUAAAGCUCAACAUGCGCACCCCAGAGUCCAAAUUUAAUCUCAGCUCAGAUCUUCCAUCAAAGAUACAUAAAUGGAACGCACUUGAUGUCAAGAUCUAUGACUAUUUCAAUGCCACCUUUUGGAAAAAACUCCACACUUUUGGUCUGGACUGUGUACAAAAGGAGGUUGAGCUCCUUAGAGAAGCUCAAGAUAAGCUGGUAAGGGGCUGCUUUGGAGGACGGCUCCCUCAGUUACGCUCUGCAGCUCAGAUCAAAAACAAAGAACUUCGACCCUGGCAGCCUAGCUCGAAAGUAGACAUUGUUGGCUACGACCUUCCGUCAAACAUUUCCCGCAGCGCUGCUUCAGAUCUCUGCCUCAAACUCAUAAUGCCGGAGGUUCAAUACACACAUCUGCUGCUAAAGUCACAGUCCAUACGAUACAGAAAGAAGUACCCUCUUAGGACCCCUUUAGUGAAUUCAGCCAGAGGUGUUAGGCAUCAUAUACCAAGGAGCUCCUCUCGGGGCUCUGCUGUGCCCCCUAGAUCAAUUCUUCAACAACCCAAAAUCACCUCACACUGAUGCGCACAAAAAAAGUUCUGCUUAAAACUCAGUCCUGCUGCUUUGUUCCAGUGUGUGCUCUCAACAGCACAAAAUUAAACCUGAACGUGUGGACUAAGUAAUGUGCUUUAUUUAUUUAAGGUUAUUGUAUUAAACUUUCUUUAAAGUAAGGCAAGGACAUGUGGACAUCACCCAUAUACUUGAAAGCAUUGAUUGGGACCUCACUGGCCACUACAUUUAUUACUGAAGAGCUGUCUGCCUUUUUUUUUUUGUUUGUUUGUUUUUUUGCACAUAACUAAGAGAGACUGGCAUCAAAGAGCUGCAGCUCCAAUGAUUUAAGGAGUAGAAUUCUGUUGUUACCUUUAUGAAAGCAGGGUAGAGACAGCUGAAUUGAGGAAAUGAAUUGUUAACUGGUGUGUUUAGACCAGAGGGUAGAGGGUGUUUUUUUUUUUUUUUUUUUUUUUUUUUUUUUAUGUGGAACUGACACUGAAAGAUGAACAUAUUGCCAAGACCGGUUGUUUCACAAUAAUGCUCCAUCCAUGAUAAAUUAUUAACUUGAUGUGGGCAAACCAGUAUCACUACUUUUCAUUUCUAGAGCAUACCAAGGUUGUUAAAUGAUGCCUGAUCAUCUACUCGGUUUGCUUGCCUUUGUAAGCGUUGGUAGAGUUUAAAAAUGCAAUAUUUGUUUUGUACUGUAUUUACAAGUCUUUCCCUUUGGCUGCCCAAGAACGACAAGUUUGUGCGAGUGUAUAUUUGAAACUGUGUGAAUGGUGUAGCAAACAGGUACUGUACCAGGCAGUUAUUUACAAGUGACAUCUUUAAACUAUUCAAGGCAUCGUUUUGCACUGCAUUCUGUAGUCUCCUCUUAUUAGACAGAUUAUUGUGUUUGUGUGGAUGUACGUGUGGGCGGAUAUUGCAGUCAUGCUGUUACGGAAAUUAAAAUAUUCCCAGAAGCUUGUGUUUUCAGGGAUUGUUGCUGAUCUCCUAAUAAAAAAAAUUGAUAAAUAAAAGUGUACCCAACAAAACUAGCUUGAUUCCUGAGUUAAGCAAUAAAAUACUUUUCCUUCAUCUUA